AUAAUUUGUCUCUCUCACUUCCCAACAAAUCCAACCCCUUCUCAAUCUCACAUCCUUUUCCUUUCAAUUUCUUUGUGCUUUACCACUCUCUCUCUCUCUCUCUGCCCAAAAAGAAAAAGGAAACGCCUUUCUUCGCUUAUUCUUUGCAUCGUAUUCAUAACUGAAACCAACAACAACCUCUUUCAUUCACCGACAACAUAAAUUCAGCCCCAAAAACAAUAAAAAACCACCAUGACAGAUAGAGUCUACCCUUCCGCCAAGCCAGUCGCCAACGGCAACGGCGCCGCCGCCGCCAACCCAUCUUUUCCGGCCACAAAGGGUCAGCUUUACGGCGCCAACCGCCCCACUUACCGCCCCCAACCCCACUCCCGCCGUAGCCGCCGCGGAUGCUGCUGCUUCUGCUUCUGGUUCAUCCUCACCCUCCUCGUCCUCCUCCUCCUCAUCGGCGUCGCCGGCACCGUUUUCUACUUCCUCUACCGCCCUCACAGCCCUGAUUUCACCGUAACAUCCCUUAAACUCUCGUACCUAAACCUCACCUCCUCCUCCUCCACUCUCAGCUCCAAAUUCGACCUCAACAUAACCGCGACAAACCCCAACAAGAAGAUCGUCUUCGUUUACCAACCUACCUCCAUUUCCAUACUCUCCGGCGACGUUGACGUCGGCGACGGGACCAUACCGUCCUUCGAGCAUGGGAAGAAGAACACGACGCUUCUGAAAGCUUCGAUUUUGAGCAAUGGGCAAGCACUGGAGAGUGACGCUGUGACACAGUUGAAGGCUAGCAUGAAGAGCAAGAACGGGUUGCCGUUGAAAGUGACGUUGGACACGAAGGUUAAGGCGAAGAUGGGGAAAUUGAAGACACCAUACGUCGGAAUCAGAGUCGCUUGUGACGGUAUCAGGGUAAAUCUUCCGGCGGGUAAGAAGCCGGCGACGGCGUCCACUUCGAACGCGAAGUGCAACGUCGAUGUUAGGUUUAAGAUCUGGAAGUGGACCAUUUGAUGAACAAAGACACUGCAACAACACAACAGAGUGUGUGUUUUCUACUUUAUUUUAUUUUAUUUGAAUUUCAAUUUUUUUUUCUCCCUUAUUUAUUGCUUUCAGCUUCUUUUAAAUUCUAAUUUUUUUGUUAUGGUAUAUUUUUCUUAAAUUUGUUCAUAUUCAUAAAUUGCUCAAAUGCGUGUAAAUGGCAACGGAGAUUGCUGGGGUUUCAGUCGGUGACAGUUGUUAGCUUGUUGAAUA